GGAGUAUAAUUUUUAAAGACUGUGAAGUUAGAAGUUUUGAACUUUGGAAAGGAAAGCAGUCGGAUUAUUUCAUCACCGUCUCUUCGGCUCUGUCCUCCAAAAUUCCACAAUUCACCUUUCUUCCCUGUCGUUUCAUCCAGGUAUCUCCCGUUUCAACGUCACCACCACAAAAUUAAGAAUCUCAAUCGACACGCUAUGUAACAAUAUGCUUGUAUAAUUUUGGAUUUACAGCACCUUGUAAUUGGUUUUCACAUUUGAAUCGAGGCGAUUGUUUUCUCAGACCCCGUAAUGGUUUUCUGACUAGGAAGGACUGUAGCGAUUCGCGGACAACCGCCAAUGUCGCUCUUGUCUGGCCACUCACACCAUUGUUUUGUCUAGUAGUACUCACGCACGGUUUCAGUUCUUAAAAGAACUUCCGUCGUCUCUAUCAGGUGUAGAUUGCUCGGGAAGCAAAUAAAGAGAGGCAGAGAUAAUGAGCAAGCACAAUAGAAGAUGCAGUAGACGCAAGGCACAGGAAGUUACUCUGAAACAAAGAACUUACAAGAAUGAUAUAAGUCAUUUGGAGACUUCUAGCAACCAACAAAACCUUUCUUAUUGUAUGGAUACCUCAGAGGAUACACCAAUCCAAAUAGAUACAGCUGGCUGCCAAAAAUUUCUUCUUGAAGAAGAAUCUUCUGCAAAUUUGCUCUCCUCAACGAAAAAAGCUUUGGAAGAAAAUAUGCGUGGGAAAAAGAAGAAAAGGAAAAAUAGUAAAAAGAAUUGUUCUGAAACCAUCAUGAAACCAGAGGUUGUGACCCCCGAAGAAGAGUUAAUUGUACAACUGUCAACUCCAGAGCUUCAAGAGCUAGAUAUGAACAUUGAGGCAAACAGUUCCAAUAGAAAACAGAAGAAGAACAAGAAAAAAAAGCCUAAUAUACUCACAAGCGAUCCUGUUGUUGUGGACACUUCUUCUGCACCACAACCAGUGACAAUUGAGGUAGAAUCUGCUACUAGAAUGCAUUCAACGGAGCCCCAGAAGUUGGUUUUAAGCCCAAUAGAAGAUAGUUUGGAACCAAAAAUGUCCAGGAAAAAGAAGGGAAAGAAGAAGAGAAAAAGUAAAAAUAUUUCUACUGAAUCCAUGACUAGUUCUGAGCUUACUCUCCCUGAAGCAGACUCAUCUUUACAAUUGCCAGCUCCAAAGCUUCAUGAGCUAGAUAUAGACAUUGGUGCAAACAGUUCUAACAGGAAGCCAAAGAAUAAGAAGAAGAAGAAUAAACUAAAUAUGCUCACAAGUGAUGGUGUUGAUAUGGACACUACUGCACAUCCACAUGCACUUGAGGUAGAAUCUUCUGUGAAUUUGCAUUCUUUAAAGCCUCAGGAGUUAGUUUUGAACCCAACUGAAGAUCUUCUGGGAGAAAAUAUGUCCGGGUUAAAAAAUGGAAAGACGAUGGAGAAAAGUAAAAACAUUUCUACUGAAGCCAUGACUAAUCCUGAGGUUACUCCCCCCCAAGUAGAUCCAUCUCUACAAUUUCUAGCUCCAGAGCCUCAAGAGCAAAAUAUAAACAUUGAGGCAAUUAGGUCUAGCAGAAAGCAUAAGAAAAAAAAAGUAAAUAAGCCUGCAAGCGACGUUGUUAUUUUGGACUCAACAACUUCUGAACCAUUGCUACUGGAGCAUCAAGUGGGGUAUACAAGUUUGACCAAAGAUAUAUCAGAGCAGUGCCAAAGUGGACAAAAGAGUUCAAAUGGUAAAAGGAAGAAGAAAACGAACGCUACAAGUAAUGCUGCUGAUGUCCACACAAUGUCUGGACCUCAACCAGUGGAACUAGAGCUUCAAGAGAUGGAGACAAAGUUGAUCAAUGAUACAGAGGAGCUGAAUGAAAGUGUCCAAAAGUGUUCAAAUGGGAAAAAGAAGAAGAAAAAGAAGAACCUCACAUGUGAUGCUGCUGUUCUUAACACAACUACUUGUGAACCGCAACCAUUUGCUAAAGAGCUUGAAGAGAUGGACACAAGUCUGACCAAAGAUGUAGAGGAGCAGAAUGAAAGUGGCCAAAAGUAUUCAAAUGGGAAAAAGAAGAGGAAGAAAAAGAAUCUGGCAAGUAAUGUUGGUGAUACAGAGUCAACUGGUCAAGUACUUGUUCAGCCAGAGAGUCUUGAGAGAGGUUCACUUUCUCCUAUAGAUAUUGAUGAAAAUAAUGAAAAUGGGCGGAAGAGAAAGAGAGGAGAAAUUGAUGUAGAGUUGGCUGCACAAAUGUCGGAACCUGAUAACCAAGAGAAGGAAAAGAAGGCAAAAAUUGUAAAGGGGCGAGGUGAUGACAUAGAUCAUGCUAAGACCGCAAAACAAGUCUCACUAUCUUCUAGGAUGGAAGAGACUGAAGCUCUGUGUGUAGAUUCUGUAAUGUUGUGUUGUGCGGAUCUUAAUGAAAAACAUGGGUCUCAUUUAGCUUCUCCUGAAAAGAUUUCAACUGCUGAAAGCUGCAUUGAUCGGAACCAUCUUUCAUCCGGUUUAGAGGUAACAAUGGAAUCCAUGGAUGUUGGCAGACGCAUGAAGAGAAAGCUGCUCAUUCUUGAUUUGAAUGGACUACUUGCAGAUAUAAUUAUGCCACCACCAAAAGACAUAAAACCUGAUACAAGCUUUCUACGAAGGGCGGUAUUCAAGAGACCCUUCUGUGAUGAUUUUCUGAAGUUCUGUUUUGAGAGAUUCGAUGUGGCAAUCUGGUCUUCUAGAACGAAGAGAAUUAUUGAUAGAGUGGUAGAUUAUUUAUUGGGAGAUCUGAAGCACAAGUUGUUAUUUUGCUGGGAUAUGUCUCAUGCUACCCCGACCAAAUUCAAGACUCUUGAAAACAAAGACAAACCAUUGGUCUGUAAGGAUUUAAGGAAAAUAUGGGACACACUCUACCCUGGUCUACCCUGGAAGAAAGGAGAUUAUGACGAGUCAAAUACAUUGCUAUUGGAUGAUUCUCCUUACAAGGCCCUGCUCAAUCCUGCUCACACGACAAUCUUUCCAUAUUCCUACAACUUCAGGGAUAAACACAGGGAUAACUCUUUAGGCCCUGGUGGUGAUCUUCGUUUGUACUUGGAAAAGUUGGCAGAUGCUGAACACAUACAGAAGUUUGUUGAACAACAUCCAUUUGGACAAUGUGCAAUUAAUGAAAAACACCCCAGUUGGGGUUUCUACUCCCAAGUUAUCAACAGUCUUUCAUCAUGAUCAGUCCAACUUUGGUGCUUCUCUUAAUUUUUUGUGUAACUUCAGGUCAUACUAACUCACUGCAUCAUUUUUUCUAGGGUGCUGAUUGAAAAAAAUACAAAUUACCUUGAUAGAUUUUGUACCACCAGUUGUAGUUAACAUACUCAGUUUUAUUGAACAAGCCCUUUUGACAUGUUAAACAUUUUUGAGCUAAAAGCAUUGGCUUUGUUGGUUAAAGUUUAUACUAUAGAUGGUUGGUGAGUUGUGG